UCACAGAUGUUCGACGAACCUCCGACGAGUGGCGCCUGCUUCGGGAGCUAGGAACUCUAGUGGCUAAUCCAAAGCCCGAGAUAAUUUGUUAAAAUUUAACUUGGGGGCGUAGUUGGUGAAACAAGUGGCUGUAUCGGGUGUAUACAAUAUGGCGGCCUACUCCGAAAAUCGUAGGUUCAUCACUGCUAUUAAGCAGGGUUUACUAGAGUUUCGAUGAAAAGUUAAACUAUUGGGUGAUAUAACAAGAUAAAGGACAUGUGUGGGCAUGGGAUAUUUAGUAAAACGGUGAUCAGUUCCUCGAUAGCUAGUUGCAUAAGGUGAAUCAGUGAAAAUGUGACGUGAAGUGGGCGGCGAGGCUCGGCGAGGAAGAGGGUCGCGCGGCAGUUGUGCGAGCGGCGCCGAGUGCGCGGGUUCUCUGGGUAUUGCUUUCAGAAAAAUCAGUGAAAAUUUUUGAAAAAUGGAGUCGAAGGAACGGUACGCGGAGUUAUGCAGGCUGUGUGCGUCCCACGAUGCUAUUAAAAUGGAUAUAUUUGGUCAAGAGGGACGGAAUCGACAGCUAGUCGACAAAAUUCAGACCUGCCUUCCCUUCAAGAUUGCGGAAAAUGACAAGCUACCGAAGUGCGUGUGCUAUAGAUGCAUGUACAACUUGGAAAAUUUUUACGAUUUCCGGACUGCAUGUGUCAAUGCGGUGGCUAUGCUCGAGAGAUUUCUGCCAUCUAAUAACAGAGAUACCGGAGAUGGAAUACAAAGGCAUAGCGUUCAGUUUACUCAGCUGCACUCAGAACCUUUCAAGAAGAAAGAAAAUAUGCCAAUACUCAUUCCAGAGGCCCCGAUAGUAAACCCUAAUGGUGCUUUAGGAACUCCACCUAGAUUGAAUUCGGAUGGAGAAGCAUACCACGAAAUUGAAGAGAUUCUCCAUCAAGUAGUCAGUGACGAUGGUGGGGAGUAUCACGACGACCAAAAAUCAGAUGAGUAUGAGAUGGACAUGGAAACAAAUCCCAGUGACUUUCUGGAAAUGACCUCCAUUGUCACGGAAGACGCAGAAGAAACCGACGCCCCCAAUCAAGGAGGAACUCACAAUGAAUCGGAGAUAUUUCAACACACUUCAGAACAACACGAAGUUUAUGUCUGUUCGUUAUGCAACAAAGCCUUCAGUUCAAAAGGACAUUUAUCUCUACACGCUAGGAUUCAUGUUGGGGCCGGUGAUAUUGUUGGAGAAAAAGUUAUUACCGACGAUCACACAUCCUACAAAAGACCAUAUCAAUGUGAUUUGUGUAACAAAUCUUACUCCACUGCGAAACACAGAUGGGGGCAUGUAUCGACGACUCAUAGGGGACAUCCCGCAGUAACAUGUAGGUACUGUUCGCGCAUUUAUUCGACGAGAACUAAUCUGGAGGAACACAUAAAAUCACGGCAUGCAGGUUUACCGCCACCUCCCGAGUUGUCUUUGCCUUAUAUUCAACAAGACAAUAAGUUCCAGUGCAAGACGUGUCCUAAGAUGUACACAAACGUUACGGAUUUGAAUAAGCAUAGUCGAGUAUGCGCGGGAGACAGGAAGAAGGAAUUGUCUAAAAAAAUAUCUGUGCACAAAAGUAAAAGUGUUAUCGACACAUCCGACUUGUCUAGCGUUGAUUCAGACGACGAAGGAAAAGAUUACAGAGACGCCGAAGCCAAAUUGGCUAAUAAUCCACAGUUGACCAUAUUGAAACAGGCUCUGACCAAAAAAGAAAGUUUGAAACGGGAACAUGACGAGCCAAGGGUGAACCAAAAGCCGAAAAAAAUAUCUAGAACAGUCAGCAGCGAUAUGGAGACACAGAAGAGGUGGUACUGUGAGACUUGCCCCGAAAGUUUCGUUUCCGUGGACAGCUUGAAAGAACAUGAGCUCUUGCACGAUGCUGACAAACCUUUUAUUUGCAUCCUAUGUGAGAAGGACUUUGCAUUGAAAUCAUCGCUCAGCCGACACAUAGUAGCAUCACAUGGUGUUGAUCCCACUCCCAUAAUCGAUAGUGACAAAUGCCUGAAAAGGCCUCCCGCUCCCCAAGUAUUAAACAAGCAACCAAACCGAGUAGUAAAUGAAAGCCACAUCGAAAUAUCGGACUCCUCUUUAUCCCCCCAGCGCAAUGCUGAAAAUGACUUUGAACAUGACAGUAGUCCGGAGAACAUGAUUGAAAUCGAAACUGUUUUCGUUUGCGAGAUCUGUACUCGAGAUUUCAAUGACCGUGCUUCCUUAUGGCUACAUAUUCGAGCAACCCACAAAGAGUAUGCAGCAUUUGCAUGUGGCGUGUGUUUGAAGAUCUGUGCAGACAAUACCCAGCUGUUGAAUCAUGUGAACAUGUAUCACGGGGGAUCAAAGUUACAAGUUUCCGAACAGAGAAGGUAUAGUUGUACUAUUUGUGGGAGGCAACACGAUUCGAGAAAAAAAUUGAUAACACAUGUCUCCAUACACAAUGUGGACCCAGGAUAUGAUCCAGCAAGUUUUGUGCAACUUAACAGCAAUUACUACAGUGAAAAUUACAAUAGUAACGAAGCGAACGAUCAAACGUUAGAAGUUGAUGCGGAUGAGGGUGAAAAAAUGGACUGCUACAUUUGUUAUAAAUCCUUUCCAAGUGAGGAUCAUCUUAUACGUCAUCAAAGAAAUGCUCAUAAGUCCGAACCACUAGCACCAAUGGGAGAAUCUGCUGGCAAUGGAAGCGGAACUGGUUCUGUGAGUGGUAAUGGAAACCGAGCACAGUAUCAUUUAUUUUUCGUAUGCGAAUUAUGUGGUAGUUCUCACCCAAGCAAAUGGGAACGCUGGCUUCAUGUCAGUAGUAUUCACAGCAAUGAGCCUGCUAUUAGAUGUGAUCGGGACACUUGUGGAAAGAUCUUUGCAACCAGAUCACUGCGCAACGACCACGUUCAGCAUCAUACUGCUCAAGGGGCUUCACCUAACACUUGUGAAAUAUGUGGGAAACUGUGGGGUAGCCGCGUCGAUUACUGGAAGCACGUUAUGGGCGUUCAUUCGGAUACUGUGCCUUUGAUUUGCGGAGUCUGCCUAAAGGUUUUUCCUGACGUUAUUCAACUAAGCGGUCAUGUAAAAGCUAAGCAUUGGCCGCUCACAAAUGGGGAUUUCAGUUGCGACAUUUGUGGGAGACCAUAUUCAAACAAAUCGAAAAUGUCCAGACACAGAAAGAUUCAUGGGCUAGAAGCAGAUAACUACAUAAAUAACAGCGUUAAUGAAACAUUGAACGAUUUGAGGAGGCUUGAAUACAGCGUUCCCGAUUCAGAUUUAAACUGUGAAUUGUGCGCUAAUUUAAAGUUCGCUAAUUUAGAAGAAUUAUGCAAUCACAGACGGAAUGUUCACAGCUUGUUCCCCUGUGAUUUGUGCAACAAGUGCUAUGGCAGGACAUCGCAUUUAUGGAAGCAUGUUAAUCGUGUACACAAAGGACAUGAAGAUGUGACCUGCUGUUACUGUUUAAAAACAAGCGCAUCCAGAGAACAUUUAGCUGCUCAUAUUGCAAAGAUCCAUAGGUACGAGCCGGAGACAAAAAAAGAAAUCAGAGAAUCUUUGAAUUCGAAAUCCCCGAACGAGGAAGAUGAAACGCCCCAUCACUGUGAAAAAUGUAACAAAGGUUUCCACAAGAGAUAUUUGUUACGUCGCCACAUGAAAGGCUGUCAGAACUAUCGAAAAGACCCUGGAGCCUUAUUGACUCGUUGUAGAGCUUGCGAAAGAAUAUUCAAGGAUCGAGCUAGUCUUCAAAAACAUCUAGAGAAUCACCAUAGCACCUAUACUUGUCACUUAUGCAACGAAGAUGUUACGUCCAAAUUGGGUAUUAUGACACAUAAUAGAGUUCACCAUAUGAAUCAUCCUGAUCUGACUUGUGACCAUGCCAAUUGCAAAAAGUUAUUCAGAACAAGAGAGGACUUGGAAUCCCACAUAAAGGAUCACAAGUAUCACAGCGUACCAAAUGUCUGCGAUUUUUGUGGUGACACAGUAGAGAAUAAACUUAAAUUGAAAAUGCACAUCCUGUCCUUACAUCGAAAUGAAAUUGGUGUUUCAUGUGGUGUUUGUCUGAUUCCUAUGAAAGAUCCUAAAGACCUGAAAAAACACGUCGAAGAGGUACACAACCAUAUUCUAUCAAAGCCGAACACCUGUCAGGUUUGUGGAAAACGUUACGCUUCUAAGUGGAAGGCUUUUGAUCAUACAAAGAAAUGUCAUGGAAAAGUCUUCAGAACAUGCAAACAGUGUCUUGCUGUUUUUACCGAAGAUGAAGAGCUCAGAAAUCACUACGCCGAUGUUCACAAUGUCCCAAAAGACCAGCUGUCUGCGUUCAAUUAUAGAUUGGAGGUAUCAAGUGGUAAACAAGAUGAAUACGAGCCAACGGAUUUACUAAUCAAAGAAGAACCUGAUGACCUGGACUUUGUUGAAGAUGGUUGCGACGAAGACGUAAGUCGGCCUCAAAGAAAAAGAUCUGCGGCUGAUACGUUCGAUUGUGAAUCAUGUCACGAGAUAUUCCUGAAUAACGACACCCUAUUUCAACAUUAUCGUAAUGUUCAUAAUAUUAAUCCAGUUAAAAAGUUCAAAAAAUCUAAAACGAGCGGCAUUAGUGCUAAGAGAAAAAUGCGAAACAGAGAAAACUUCGAAUGCAAAAAUUGUGGAAAACAAUUCUGUACCAAAACAUUAUUUUGGAAUCAUAUCAACGUCUGUACAAGACGGAAUAGCGUAAAUAAAAAUAGUAACAAUAGUUCUGGCACGUCCAUCCUAGAAGCACAUCUGAAGAAUAAUAAUCAAAUAAAAAAAGAAGACCCUGAACCUAUUUCGAAUGAAUCGAAUUUGAAUAUACCAGACUUUAAUCUGUUUGAGGAUAUAAACUUACAACUAUCCGGUCAGAAACCUGUACCUGAUUUAAUGCCAAUAUCGUCGAUGAAAGGGGGUUCGAGCAGUAAAUGCCUGCGUAAAGAUUCGAGAAAGGUCUAUGACGAAUCUACGAACACUGAAUGUGCUUGCGAAGUUUGUGGAAAGCAAUGGCCAGCCAAAAAGCAUUUGUGGCAACAUCUUAUUCGCUUUCAUAGAGCAGAAGCAGCUGUUACAUGUGGUGUUUGCCUGAAACUCUGCCAGACAUACGAGGACUUGGCGACUCACCUGAAAGUUGCUCAUGAAGCUAUACUGACCGGCGAAGGUAACAACUUCACAUGUAAGACUUGCGGUAGGUACCAUAAUGCGCGAAGUAAAUUACUGUUACACAUGAGCAUCCAUAUAAAUUAUAAUGGGAGUCAGUGGUGUCCAAACUGUCACGAAGGUUUUGAAGAUGAAGAAAAGCUGAAAGAACACUUGAAAACUUGUACAGAAAAAUGUAUUGAAUUUUAUGAAAAUAGUAAUGACAUGGAUGCGAGUGUCAAAAACGACGAUAACCAAGACAAAGGUAGUUUGAUAGAUGAUGACAAUUCCCUGAUGGAAGAAGUAGAGGAGGUAGAAUUUGAGUCAGAAGUAGAGGGUGAAGCGACAGAAAACCAUGACAACAGUAACAGUGAUAAUACAGACAGCGAAGCUAGCGACAGCAGCACAAGCGACGCAGAAGAAAAUGACGAAGAUAUUGAAGAGGAAGAUGACGAAGAAAACGGAAUCGACCAUGAGUCUAGAACUCAUAGUAGAAUGACUGGAGAUGUUAGCAGUGAUUCUCAAAGUGAAGCUGAAAACUCUGACCAUGCUGCUGAGGAUAUAACUGCACAUGGGGGUAAUGAUCCAAACGAUAAAGAGACCAUCAACGUUCCUUUGAGUGGAAGUGACGAUACAAAUAUGGAAAAUGAAACGCAAAAGGAUGAUAAAUCGCCAAUGGAAGAGACAGAUACGAAUGUAUCAGAUCUGCUGAAAAUCGAUACAGGCAAAACUGAAGAUGCUCCAAGCGGUGGACUCAAAAUAAAAUCAGAAAUUGUUAAUGAGAUAGAAUUUGAUGAAGAACCUUGCGAACUACAAAAUCAAGCCUUGUUUAAAGAGGAACCGGGAGAUUACACCGAUGACGAAGGCCCGCCUAUUCUAAGUCCAAUGGUACCAUUGGCAAUGGCAAAUAGUACAGAAGAUCACGAUGUGAAUGAUUCAGAAAAGACUCAAUAUAAACGAAGUCCGACGACCCUAGAAUCGGUAAAGACUGAAAAGCCCACAGUCUUGUGUGAGUUGGACCAGAUCCGAAAUGAAAUAGAAAAAGGCGAACCAUCGUGGUCUGCAUCUGACUUGGUGGAGUUAAACAAUGAUUCAAACGUAAAAAAGUUUGUUAUAACAGCGAAUAAUCUUACAGGGAUCUUAGAAUCAGAUUCUGAUAUCGAAAACGAAGAAGACAGGGAUUCCCAAGGUGGGGAUGAUGCUUCGGAGAUAGCGGAAGAAGCUUUUGAAAACGACGAGAAUUCAGAAUUUGAAGAAAUCACUCCAGAAAAAGAUGAAACAGAUAAUGACCAUCAGGAAGAAGAUAUAGCGGAAAGUUGCGACGAACAAGUGGAAGAUAAUUUAGGUGACACGCAAAACGAAGUUGACAUGGCAGAUGAUACUUCGGACAAGAACACCGAUGAAGAAAUAGAGGACAUGGAUGUAGGUGAUAACGCAGACACUGUACAAAUACCUAGUUUAGAUGGAACUGUGAUUAUGGUAGCCAAUGAUGCCGAUGGUAAUCAAAUUUUGAUACAGCGUAAUGUUUCUGAUUUUCCCAACGAAGAUUCAAACCCUGAAGUGACAGAAUAUAUUUUAGAGGAAGAAAACGAAUAUGAAAUGAGUAACUAUGAGGUUGCGUCAAACGAGGAUGCAACACAGCAAUCCGACGAUAGUCCUGUAAUUUCAGAUGAAGAAAAUGAAAAUGAUAUCGAAGUAGCGGAAGAGGAGCAGAUAUCCAUCAGUGCCAAAAGUAAUGUGUCAAGGACGUAACUAAACCUGUACAAAUGAAAAAUGAAGCUAUUCAAUAAUUAUAAUAAUAUUAAUUAUAAUAAUCCAAAACGGAAAUUUAUUUUUUACCAUGAAUUCAAAUCAUAAUUAGCUGAAAAUUGUAUGCCGGAUAUCAAAGAGGAUUCGAGUAGGUUUUUGUGGGCAUUAAACCAAACUGAGUUUUAUACGAACAUUGAAUGUUACCAAAAAGUUUUGAUUUAAAGAAGCCCGUGGUCGUAGGGGCCAAUAUAUAGAAUUACUAUUCAAAAGAAAUAGCUGUUGCAUGAUGCAAUGUUGUUCUCCGAAGAUACGUAACACUCUGUCAAUGUUCUAAAUUCAAUUGUAAAAGCACGUAUUCUUGAAAUAACAAAUUUUCAAGACGUCUCGAGCAAAAGCAGUGAAGUAUUAUUACCUGUUUAUCUUGACAUUAUUGAUAUACUGAAGAAUAUCAUUUUGGAAAUAUAUGAUUAAAAACUCAGGGCUUGAAGCUUAUAUGCAUCUGGCAAGUAGCACUAGGCAGUGUCUAUUACACUGUGCAUGUCCAAAAAGUCACAGAUUUUUAUAAAUCAUGGUAACGUUGAGUUGAUACCACAUCACGCCGAAAAUGUUAAAUCACAAUAUUGAUUAUAUAAAGUCUACGAUUCUUUUUCCACGUUACAAUAGAUUAUGGUCAAAUUCACCUUGAGACCAUAUUCCACAAUAGCACAAGGUUGUAAGAUAGUUGUAACACAGCUCCCAACUAAAGUUGUGAUUUUACGCUAUUCGCAUCAUGACAUAUCGUGUUUGCGAAAUGAUUAUACACUAAUAUCGGUAGACUAUUGUUUUGACCUAUCAAUUACUAAUUGUAAGAUGAUUAGUAAUUCUGAUGGUAGAACUAUUAAUCGAGUACAUGCGUAUUUAUUUGCCAUAUAUACCUAUAUAUUUGACAUAUCAGUGUUACAGGCUGAGUAGGUAAUUCGAAAAAUUCAGAAAAAAAUUGUGUAAUAUUACUACCUACCACAAUACCUGAAACUGAUAUUUUUAUUGGUUUGAAAAAAAUCCAUUCUCGACUCAAAAAUCCGAACGCAUGAUUCUUUUUCGCAUCCUGCUACGUAUUAUGUUGAUUCUAUUUUUUCCCUUACCUUAUUCUGCUCCUUGACAUAAUAGAGUAUUACCGCAGUAGAUAAUCUACAUUAUGCAUAGGCUAAACUAGUCAACGAUUAUCUAUUCCACCUGUAACAUCAAUAUUAACUAUUUAUUGUAUUCAUUCCAAAAGAAUUAUUGCGUAGUAUGACGGUUUAUCUUUAGAUUAACGUUGUGUAACUAGUUUGCUACGAAUGAUAGACAUUAAAUGGUUGUGUUCAUGUUAUCGAUUAUUCACUGUUCCAAAAUUAUUUUUUUUACAAUGGUUCGAUUCGUCAUUAAUUUCUCCAUCGGAUUUAUAACAAUAAGUUGUAACUUAUCCUUGAUUUUUGUUUUCUCCUAGGAUAAGUUGAUCAAUUGCAUGUAUACUGCUAAUGGCGGGUCACAAUACAAAGAUACAAAAUGGUAUGGAAAAUGUAUUCUGUCCAUGUCCUCUGUAAAUAUUGUAGCAUAUUGCUAUUGUUUAGUCGGUUAGCAUUAGAAUUAAAUUUUAAGUUGUGAUAAUAUUGAAAACAGUCAUACUAUAUUUUCUAUUGUAUAAUGCCACGCGUUUUCAUCUUGACUGGGAAAAUUUGAUUAAAUAUAAAAACAUGUAUAUUGUGAUAAGUCGAUCAAUCUUAUAUAAAACGAUAUUGAAGCAUUUACUAUUACAGGACUUUUUGAGUUCACUAUUACAGGACUUAUUGAUCGAUGUUUCCUGUAAUUGAAUCGUUACAUUUGAAAUUCAAAAUAGCAUGAAUAUUAAUAUUGCAAUAGAACAAAUUGUCACUAGAAGGAUGCUGAAAUAAGUUGUUGAAUGAUGAAAAACCAAAACUUUCAAAUAAACUCCUCACGUUAAUUUGCAAAA